AUGAAUUAAUUCAAGAAUAGUAAAUUAAAUACUUUAGGAUAUGUCAGAAAUUAUCACUCUGAUUUUGGUUCAUCUAAUAUAAUCAAUCAUACACUAUAUCAUAAAUAUGCAUCUUCUCAAAAUUAUUACUACACAAAAGAAAUUAAUGAUAUUUUAAAUAAAAACAGAACUUCAGCAACAAUUAAGUUUUAUGUAACCAAUUAAUGAAUAAUUCAGGAUGAUAUGUAAUAUUUAGAGAAUGAGGAAUGCAUGCCCAGACUAUAUUAAUAUGAUGAUUACUAAUCAAAAAUUUAAUUGUUGGUUGAGUUUUAUAAAUAUCAUCAUGAUUUGCCUAGAUUUACUGUAGACAAGGACAUAAUUUAAAUUUUGAAUUUGUAUUACGAUAAAAAAAGAAAAUUGGAGUAUUAUAAAAUAUAGAGAUAAAUAGAAUAUGAAAAUUUAUAGAAUCCAGAUCAACCUUAAAAAGGAAUAGUUGGAGAUAUACCUAUUUAAUCAUAAAGUACUCCAUAAUCAGAUAUUAAUGGAGAUUCUACUAUUAAUUAUAAUGUGGAUAAUAUUCUUUAAGAUGUAAUAAUAUUGUAAAAAAACUAAAAUUAAAUAUCUGAAUAAGAUAUAAGUUAAAUUACUAAAUUAUAGGAUGACUAAAAGAGUGAAAUUCAAUAAAUGCUUCAAAUUUUUGAUUAAGGAAACUAAAAGAAUAUACAAAAAUAUUCAAUUUAGAAAAAUAAUAGUCCAUCUUUUAAAAAACCUCUUAAAUUAAAUAACUAGAUACUACAUCAAUCAAAUAGAAAAUAAUAUACUUAAUAAUAAUAUGAUUUUAGAAUUCCUUUAACAACAAGAUAUCCUUCUUCCUCUCUCAGCAGAUUUUUGAAAACAUCAUAACAUGACCAUAAUCUUGAUUCUAAUUUAACUCAUUUGAUUAAUAAAUAUCCAUAAAGAAUAAAAACAAGAAUUGAAAAAAAAAUUGAGAAUAAAAAAGAUUUUAAAAAGUCUGUUCCAGAAAUGAAAUUAUUGGGAUUAAGAAUAUUAGCUUGUCUAAAUUAAAUAGAAAAAAACAAGCAAAAUGUUAAAUCAAUUUCAUCAUUUGAUAAUAAAGAUUUACAAAAGAUUUUAAUUUCAAUUAAUUAACCUACAUUCUCAACAAAAAUUAAACCAUUAAAAAGUUCUUCAACUCAAUCCAUUAAAAUCUCUAAACAAUUUAAUACAUAAGAAGAUUAAGUAUUAAAUUCAAGUCCAAGAAACUUUUAAACAAUUUAAACCCCAAGAUCUUGUUUAAAUGGUUCUAAAUAAAAAUAAUUCUUAGAUUCUAAAUAAAAAGAUAAUAUAUAAGGUUUAAGAAAACUAAUGGUAUGUAAGAAGGAUAAUGUUCUCAAAACUCAACCAAAUUUAGGGUUUAUUCCAAAACUUAAUCUUAAUAUAAUCAAUAAAUUUAAUACAAACUCUUCCUCUAAUACUCUUAGAAACAAUGGUUUAAAUCUCAAUAUUACUAACUAAUUAACACCAAAAUCUUAAACUUUUAGAUCUAAAAUAAAUCACUUAAUAAAUUAGCAAAUAAAAACGAUAUAAACCAACAAUAUAAAGAAUUCAAUCAAAUAAUGA